UCAGGAUGCCUUUGGUUCUCCCCAGUCUCUUCAUAAAAUUCAAAAUGGCGGCGUAAAAAGUGUGUUUUGUUGUUUUAUCUUCUACAGGGUUCCAUUCUAAAGUAAACCACUACUUAAUCUUACUUGCAUGGCAGAAGAAGAGUCUAGAGAACUCAAGCAGCUACUGCUAGAACGUGUAAAACUCGGACAUGGGUUGUUAUCCAGAUGUAUGGGGCUUGAACAAAGAAGCAUCGAAGGAAUCGGAAAAUUGACAAGAAAGAUAAAAGCAGAGCUGAAGUUUCUAGAAAUGGUUAAAAACAAAAAGUCAAACGACGCAAGCUAUGUAAAAAGCACAAAUCUAUCUCACCUUCAAGGUGUCAUAAAGACAGUAGAGGAAGCAGAGGGUGUCACUGCUUUAUUUAAAUCAUACUACUAUCACCCGGCUUACAGCGAGGCGGACCAGGUAGCUAUCUCCGUUGAUGUUGUUGCCAAGAAAGGGUCUAAUUGGAUCAAAGUUAUUGCAAGAAAUCCUGUCGCUCUUCAUAGAAUAUGGCAAGGGGAAGGAAAUUUUGGUGACCGUGAUUUGACUGAGCAAGCUAAGGAGCUUAAAGAAUGUGCAGUCCAAAACGAGGUCCACUUUGUCUCUCCCAUCGUAGUGUUUUCCUUCCAAAAUGGUGUCACUGAGGAUGUUGCAAAGGCACUUCUGGAAAUUGGGGUCUGUGUUGAAGGGGAAGUUAUAGGAAACCCAGGCGAGGAAAAGCCAACAAUGGAAUUACCUAAACCUGAUGCUGACCAACUUGGGCAAGAACACAAGAUCUAUCUCUUGAAUUUGGAUGUCUCUUCCAUGAUCGCCUACGUAUCAUCCGUCACUAAUGGUGGAAGGGACUUCAUCUUCAGGGACUCAGUACUUACUUGUCAAGCAGAAAAGGAACUAAAAGAUCCUUUAUUACCAAAACUUGAGGAAUAUUGUAGAGGCAAGGAGCUGUUUGCCUGUAAAUCAGCUGUCACAGACUUCAAGUCAAUAAUUCAAACUAUUGGUGGGGAAAAAGAAAAGGAGAGAGCAAGGAGGCUUCUGGACAGGGUGUCUGUUGUAGAUGAUGAGCCAUCACCUCGUGCACUGAGACUCAAAGAAAGUGCAAGUAUUCGACCGCGCGCUAAGAUUGUGUUUGGCACGGGUGACACCCUCAAAGCUACCACAGUUACAGCAAAUGCAGCGUUUGUCAGGGCAGCUCAAAAUCAGGGAGUGGAGUUCAGCGUGUUACUUCAUGAUUCCCGGGCUCUAACAGAAUCAAAAGAAUCUACUGCAACUCCACUAUCAAAUGAAUGAAAUGAAAAGGAGAAGUCAAUAAGAAAUUUAUGAAUUUGAAUUCAAUGCCAUGCUACUGAAUGAAAGAUGAGGGGAAGAUAUCAUUUAUUAUAUUUAUAAUUAGAGCUAAGUUUAUAAUAAAAUUGUGAAACACUAA